UGGAAAAAGAUACGGGUCAGGAGGGCGAAGUAACGGGAUUUUCCGCGUUAAUUCUCUGCUGUAAUAAAGCUGCUGCUCGGCUAACGGUUAGCGGUUAGCUAACCUCCAGAUACAUCUAAAGGGCUUUGAUAAAAAACUAAAAUCCGGACUCUAUUGGGUGUUUUUGCCAGCUAACUCCAGUGUAGCAGGGAUGUAGCUGCGCUUCACAGCUGCCAUGGUGUUUACCUAAUAUGUAACACCGCCGGGCUCUUCCUCUGGUUUCCUAAUAAGUGACUCGUAUUUAAGAGAAGACACCAUCACCUCCAGCCCUAUCUGUCCUCCAUCACCCAGAUGCCUAACACAUCAGAGGGUCAGGGGGCUCACCCCCCCGGCCCCGCUGAGCAGCCAGGGCUGCAGAGGGCCGCGGAUGGAGAGGGGGGCCACGGGCUGAUGAGCUCCAUCGCCCGGGAUGCUGCGAGGCUGAGGCGGGCUUCCAGUGCUGAGCUUCACCUGCAGUGGACCUGCCCGGUCACACACUCCCGGGAGAAGUUUUACACGGUCUGCUCAGACUAUGCCCUCCUGAACCAGGCGGCCGCCGUGUACUGCUGCCCACCGCGGAACAAGCAGGAGGACGGAGCCCCGCAUGGGAAGGCGAAAGCCUCCACGGACCUCAGCGGCGGGCAGCCUGGAGGGGGUCCUGUGGGAUCGGAUGGGGGCUGUGACGUGGAAGAGGUGUCAUCAUGUCACACCAAGCCUCUUCUGGCCUGGGAGAUUGAUACAGCAGACUUUAACACCGUUUUCACUAGGAAAAUAAGAACAAGCAAUGCAAAGAAAAGCAGCUCUAAGAAAAUGAGGCCAUCAGACAGACCCAGCAGGAACCUGCAGGAUGUUCCUGUUCAUGCGUCGCUGGAGGAAAUCAAACAGAGAAAAGUGCUGGACCUCAGGAGAUGGUACUGCAUCAGUCGGCCUCAGUACAAGACUUCCUGUGGUAUCUCCUCUCUGGUGUCCUGCUGGAACUUCCUGUACAGCACUCUGGGUGCAGGAAGUCUGCCGCCCAUCUCUCAGGAGGAGGCGCUGCACAUUCUGGGCUUCCAGCCGCCAUUUGAGGACAUCAAGUUUGGCCCCUUCACAGGCAACGCAACAUUAAUGCGGUGGUUCAGGCAAAUUAAUGACAAUUUCCGCGUGCGAGGAUGCUCCUACAUUUUGUACAAACCUCACGGCAAACACAAGACAGCAGGAGAAACAGCUGAAGGCGCGCUGAUGAAGCUGACUCAAGGCUUGAGGGAUGAGUCCAUGGCCUACAUUUACCACUGUCAGAACCAUUACUUCUGCCCAGUGGGCUUUGAGGCUACGCCGCUGAAAGCAGCUAAAGCUUACAGGGGUCCUCUAGCCACCAAUGAAAUGGAGCACUGGAUCCUAAUCGGUGAACCCAGCAGAAAACAUCCAGCAAUCCACUGUAAAAAGUGGUCAGACAUCGUGACCGACCUCAAUACGCAGAACCCUGAAUACCUGGACAUCCGCCACACAGAGAGGGGGAUUCAGCGCCGUAAAACCAAGAAGGUGGGGGGUAACCUGCACUGCAUCAUGGCUUUCCAAAGAGUGAACUGGCAGAAGCUCGGCCCCUGGGCUCUAAAUCUGGAGAACCUGCGGCACGACUUCCACCACUCCGGCCCAGAUCGUUCCCACGGCAGCGGGGCCGAGGACUCGGAGGAGAGGACGGCGUCCAAGCGGCUGUCCCAGCUGGGACGCUCACAGAGCAUGGGCAGCCAGAAGGACACCUGCAGCUGGAAACGGCUGUCCAACACGACUGAGUACAGACAGAGGAGCUCCCCUGAUAGUGACCUGGAGGAGGACAUCACAGACUGAGGUGGUGGGAGUGGGACAUGAUGGCGGACGACACAACGAACAGGGCCGAGGUUCGGGUAGGAUGGGCCUCUUAAAAACACGCAAGGCGUUGAUUCAGCUCAUUGUUUUAAUAUUUAUGGGGACAUUUAUAAUAAAUGUUACGCCUCUGUUAGUGUUGACUUCAUCACCUCUUGUUUUUUCCCGCUGUCAUAUUUCCAGUUUCAGGAGCGACAUGGAUAUUAGCCUUUAUGCAGCUUCAAAUAUUUGCACUAAAUAAUCUUGGUACUACCAAAGGAUU